CACCGAGAGGACACUCGCAGCCUUACGCUUGUUCUUCACUUUGGCGAUUCUCGCGACCAUGCCCGAGCCGGCCAAGUCCGCGCCCGCCCCGAAGAAGGGCUCCAAGAAGGCCGUGACCAAGGCCCAGAAGAAGGACGGCAAGAAGCGCAAGCGCAGCCGCAAGGAGAGCUACUCGGUGUACGUGUACAAGGUGCUCAAGCAGGUGCACCCCGACACGGGCAUCUCGUCCAAGGCCAUGGGCAUCAUGAACUCGUUCGUGAACGACAUCUUCGAGCGCAUCGCGGGCGAGGCGUCGCGCCUGGCGCACUACAACAAGCGCUCGACCAUCACGUCGCGGGAGAUCCAGACGGCCGUGCGCCUGCUGCUGCCCGGGGAGCUGGCCAAGCACGCCGUGUCCGAGGGCACCAAGGCCGUCACCAAGUACACCAGCGCCAAGUAGUGCCUGCUGCAGGUACCUCUUAAUCCAAAGGCUCUUUUCAGAGCCACCUAUGUUC